GAUUAAAGAUGGCGUCGACGGGCCGGCAUUGUGACUCGACCCCCUACCGCCGGAAAUGCGCGGAGAAGUUCCGGGGAACCGGCGAGCUCUGCGCUCCGGGUAUCUUGAGCCUCGCAAGUUAGGUGCUGCUGUUCGCCCUGGGGUUGCUGCGCUGCCGACGGGAUCAUGGUGUUCUACUUCGCCAGCAGCAGCGUUAACGCAUCUGCUUACACUAUUUACAUGGGAAAGGAUAAAUAUGAAAAUGAGGAUCUAAUAAAGUACGGCUGGCCUGAAGAUAUUUGGUUUCAUGUGGACAAACUCUCUUCGGCUCACGUAUACCUUCGAUUACAUAAGGGGGAGAAGAUAGAGGAUAUUCCAAAGGAAGUACUAAUGGACUGUGCCCAUCUUGUGAAGGCCAAUAGCAUUCAAGGUUGCAAGAUGAACAACGUUAACGUGGUGUAUACACCCUGGUCUAACCUGAAGAAAACCGCCGACAUGGAUGUGGGUCAGAUAGGCUUUCACAGGCAAAAGGAUGUGAAAAUUGUGACUGUGGAGAAAAAAGUGAAUGAGGUCCUGAACCGAUUAGAAAAGACCAAAAUGGAGCGAUUCCCAGACCUGGCAGCAGAGAAGGAAGGCAGAGACCGGGAAGAGAGGAACGAGAAGAAAGCCCAAAUUCAGGAAAUGAAAAGGAGAGAAAAGGAAGAGAUGAAGAAGAAGAGGGAAAUGGAUGAACUUAGGAGUUACUCGUCACUCAUGAAAGUUGAGAAUAUGUCUUCGAAUCAGGAUGGCAAUGAUUCAGAUGAAUUCAUGUGAAUGGAGAAAAGAACCUUUUAAAGAUGUGAAUUUAGGGACAGUUGGAGGCACUUUGAUUUCAUCUGUUUUCUGAGUUAUAAAAAACAAGCAACCAAAAUUCUACCUUCAUUCUACACAAAUAUUACCAACGUUGGAGUUUAAAAAAUAAUAGUGCCCUUUUUUGCUGACAGAAAAGGAUCAGACAUAUGAAAUAUAGUUGGACUUGAGGACAGCCUCUAAUUGAGGAAAAUGAAAAUAUUUUUGCCAGAACAUGUCUUGAUACCUCAUCAAAGUUGGCUGCCUUUGUUCUUGGGAUAGACUUUAGAAGGAACCAGCUCUGAAAAGUAUUGCUAUUACUGUGGUCUGUCCCUGAAAACAGAUGUCUUAAAAAGCUUUUCAUAUUCUUAAAAUAGCUUCACUUAAGAAGAAUGUACUAGUGAGCAAUAUAUAUGAAUGUUCCCCUCACGUCAGAUUUCCUGAUUAGAAAAAAAAAGCCUAUGGGUUUUUUAAUUAAUAGUGAUAUUUUCAGAAGAGUGCUGGCUUCAGUAUUUACGUUCCAUUGUGUCGUCUGGGUCUGUCAGCAGAUUCAUCCUCCACUCUCGGCCUGUCUUAGCUUCCGCGUUCUACGUCCUUGCUUCCUCCGAGCGAGGGCCUCUGCCUGGGUAGUUGCCUCACUUAAACAGUCAGUGUUAAUCAAGCUGGGGCUUUAUAGCAGCUUUGACCUGAGCACCAGGCGUCCCACGUCACAUACCCGACAGCCUCCAGGUUCUGGGAUCCGUUUCCUCGGCGCUGAGGGAGAAAUAGGCAGGGAUGCUCUGUGCCUCCUCCUGAGGAUGUAGUACGCCUGGUUUUUGUCGUGGGAUGUAGCAUAAAGCAAAAGUCCACACUGUAAUUAUGAUCUUAGAAAGCAUUAAGCAUUUCACUAACCAGCCAAGUAACUUAUUUCUUUAUCUUGAAAUAAUAUUUAUUUUUGACUUGUAACCCCAGAAUUCAGAUUUCUUAGUUGUAGGCCCAGUAACCUAAUAUGUAACAAUACUUCUUAUCUUCUGAACCACCUGCUCUCCAGUGCAAUUUGGAACAGAAGAUGUAUUUUCAUUGCAGCAUAUAAGGCAACCCCUGUAGAAAGACAAAAACAAAGAAAGGGAAAGAGAACAAAGCCUGCAGGUCAGGAAGCGUACAAGUUCACAUUUUAACCACACCCAGAACUCUACAUGUAGCAUUCUUAUUCUUAACUUUAUUCUAACCCAGCAAAAAUGUAUCUCCCCCAACAAAUAUGCUACCUGUAAUAGCACUUUGGAACUGUUGGUAAAACCAAAAGACUUCAUUGUUUCUGUUUAUCCCAUAUUGGUGUAUGGGGUUGAACUGGAAAAUUCCCUGAGGUGUAACUCAGCCAAAUCUUGAGAGGGGGGAAUAGGAGGUGACUCCAGACAUCAGUGAGUAUGUGUGUGUAUGCGUGUGUGUAUAAUGAUAUUCAGCCUGGAGUUCUGGAAUUUAAAAAUGUAAUAAUAAAGAUUCACUUUUUUAUUUGGAA